GUAAACCUCUCUUCACCCACUCUUUAUCAGGUGCCUUGUGGAUGCCAAGGCUACGGCUUCCAGCUCCCACUUCUUGCCUCGGACCCAGGAAGACAAGAUCCGGUUCCAGCUGGAGGCUUUCAUGUUCCAGGGAGGAUCCAGUCCUUCUAUCUACAUAACUUGUACCGUGAAGGCCACUCUUGCUUCUGCACCCAGUGACGCUCUCCACAAAUCCUGUUCCUUUUCCAACGGGUGGCUUGCUGCUGAUGGGAACCACCAGGUUUGUGCUUGCUGUGACUCAACAUGUGGUCCUGAAGGGGACGUGAUGCUCCUAUUGGGGGUGUUCAUUGGGAAGGCAAGGCCUCACUCGGUCCUGUAAUGGUUCAAGGACGACAGAAGACUCUAGCAAGACUUCAAUAAAUGGGUGUUGGAAACCCUAUUGCUGACUUUCAAUAAAUGCACAACCUUGUUCUUG